AUGUGUGAGGCAGCGUAUGAUAACUAUGCAGAAAACCCUGAAGAAUUUAUGAAAUUUUUAGAGGAGUCAGAGAAGUCGCUGUACAACGUAUGUCAACGUUACACAAAAUUGAGUGCACUUAUGAAACUGUACAAUACCAAAGCAAGGCAUGGAAUGGGUGAUCCUCUAUUUUCAGAUUUACUAUUGGAUUUUGGGGAUAUGUUGUCAAAUAAUCACAAUUUACCAUCCUCAAUGAAGCAAUAUAAAAACUGCGUAAGUUGCCCUAAAUGUGGCUUGUCAUGGUGGAAGUUAACCAAAAACAAGGUUGAGAAGAAAGGUGUUCCUGCUAAGGUGGUUUGGUAUUUCCCUCCCAUGCCAAGAUUUAAGCGCAUGUUUAAAUCUUUAGAGACCUCAAGAAAUUUAACAUGGCAUGCAGAUUCUACAAGAGUUGUUGGUCAGUUACAUCAUCCAGUUGAUUCACUAUCAUGGAAGUUGGUGGAUUAUAUGUGGCCCGACUUUGAAAGUGAGCCAAGAAAUCUUCGUCUAGCACUUGCAGCUGAUGGCAUUAAUCCUCAUGGCAACCUUAGUAGUCGGUACAGCUGUUGGCCAAUUAUGUUGGUUAACUAUAAUUUACCUCCAAAUAUGUGCAUGAAGAGGAAAUACAUUAUGCUAACUAUGCUCAUUUCAGGGCCUAAGCAGCCUGGAAACGAUAUUGAUAUCUAUCUGGAGGUGUUAGUUGAAGAUUUGCAGCAAUUGUGGGAAGGAGUUGAUGGAGUCUAUGAUGCUUAUCGAAGAGAAGAUACUUAUGCAAGACACUUGGAAAAUGGGAAGAAAAUGUCAUUUGCUGGCCAUAGAAGAUUCCUAUCAUGGUUUCAUCCCUAUCGUAGGCAAAUGAAGGAGUUUAAUGGCAUGGAGGAACUUGGAGAAGCAGCUAGACCAUUAUCUAGGAUUAAGUUAUUUGAUAAACUUUCUGACAUAAUGUGUGAGUUUGGAAAGAAGAUAAGUGUGAGAGGGACAAAAAAGAAUGCAAAGGCUAAUAAGUUGGAAGUUAAUAAACACUUGCAUGUAAGACAUUGUCUUGAUGUUAUGCACAUCGAGAAAAAUGUCUUUGAAUCCCUCAUUAAUACUUUGAUGAAUGUUAAAGGAAAAGCCAUGGAUAAUGUGGAAGCUAGAUGGAUGUAUCUAUUUGAAACAUACAUGAAGGUGCUUAAGAGUUAUGUAGGCAGUCGAAAACAUCUUGAAGGUUGCAUUGUUCAAAGAUAUUUAGCAGAAGAAGCAAUUGGGUUUUGUUCAGAAUACCUCAAUGAUGUUGAUCCUAUUGGAGUCCCUCAAUCAAUUCGAGACCCGAAAGUAAAUGUUUCUGGCUUGCAAGCAUGCAACACACCAAUUAUAGUGCAACAAGUUGAUCUGCAACAAGCACAUUUGACUGUGCUAGAAAAUAUGGAAGAAGUAACUCCCUAUAUAAUGAAAGUACAAUACUCGAUGGAUCAUAAAAAACAGGGAGUAGUAGUUAAGGAGAACGUUGUUCUCUAUCACUGCAAGACGGGGAAAAAAGCGAAGAUUGAUUAUGAUGACAUGGGGCGGCCAUUAUACAAUACAAAUGGAAAGACAUUGCAAUCAUACAUUGGCUCUAUUGCUAGAAUCAUAGUGCAAAUCAACAUAAAGUCUUGGCCUAAUGUUCCAGAAAAUAUAAAACAAAAAUUAUGGGAAGAGAUCUCGAAUGUGUUCGAAUUAGUACCACAAAGUGAGACUGUUGUGAUGAAUUUAGCAUCUCAAAAGUGGCGAGAUUUCAAAAACAAACUCACUAGGAGAUUUGUUUGGCCAAAUAAAGGUAAUCCUGAAAAAUUGAGUUCUCCACCGAGUCAAUAUCUGAUCUGA